UAAGUGGAUGGAGAAAAGUCAAUUCUGCGUUCAGCAUGAAGCUCGCAUGGAAAAGCUUAGCAGUAUGAUGAGUGACCUUGACGAGGAGAUUGUGUCGUUACAGACUGAUAAGGAGACCUUAGAGAAGGAGAGAAAAGAGCUGGAGCAAAGGGUGAACAGUCUUGAGUCCAGCGCAGCGGAGGCCAAGAAGCAGAAGUUAGAAACUGAACUUCUAUUUGGGAAGAAGUUGAAGGAAGCAGAAGAGAGGGCAGUAGAGGCAGCUGUUGAAGCCACUAGGCAGCGUAUUCGAGACCGAGAGAUCACUGAACGCAAAUUUGCGAGAAUGGCAGAGGUAGACACUGCCAAGUAUCUGGAUUUGGCGUUACGUAACAAGAAGCAAACCCCAGAGGAGAAAUGGGCAAAGCUGGAGAUGUAUUGCAAGAACGUCGAUGUAAAGAUAGGAGAGUAUGACGUCGACAAGUAUUUGAAUGAACUUGGGGAUUUGCAGAUUUCUUAUCCGCCAUGUCAUUUGGAGAAGUUGAAGCUGAGGGGCGAUGCGCUGGGAUCGAUGUAUAAUGCCGAGGGGGAAGCCGUUGAAGAUACUGUUGCCAACUUGGCUCCUGAUGAAAAAGCAUCAGGUUCUACCUCUGUAGCUGAGGGCAAGUCAGAGGGUGAAAGAGGUGUAUGUUGUAUGACGUAUUUGGAUCAGGAGCUUCAUAGAUCUUUUAGGCCUUUGCGUGCGAAAUACAGCGAAAGAUUAUACAGAUGGUGGGAGAGGAUGCCCAGUGAGCACCGUGAGUGGACGAAUGUUCCCUUUUUAAGGAGAAUCUUUGACAACCCACAGUGGCUUUACUCAACGUGGGCUCUGGAAGAGCUUAUCAGAAGUGGCAUCCCGUACUAUAUAUCUUGUGAACGCUACGGGCUAGGCUAUCCGAAGCUAGAAAAUGCGAUGUCAGAGUACAUACGACGUAUCGAAUGGGAUUAAUUAUGGACAAGAGGAUAGAGCAAUUAUAAAGUCAG